AAGCAAAUUCAAGUUGUUUCGUUCAAAGCUUAUAUAUUCAGUAUUCUCCCUAUCUAGUCUCCACAAGACUUCAACGUAGGAAACAAAAAGCGAUUAUUCCAUGGCUGCCAACGAAGCUUCACCGUUUGAGAGCAGCGAGAUGCUUGCGACAUUUUUGGGGUCGACGCCGCUGUUGUCGGAGUCAUGGAGGCUGUGCGGUCAGGCCAACACCACCGCCACCGCAAUCAGGAGUUUUGUGACGGAGCGAAUCGGCGGCGUCGUGUACGUUGCUUUUUCCGGCGUCCAAAUGGCCGGCGGCUCGGAUCCGAGUUGGAGAAACUUGGUGCCUUUGGCUAGCAUCGGUGGCGUGCCACUGUUUUCGUCUCGCCGGAACAAGGAAGGGGAGGAGCCGGUGAUGGUGCACGCUGGGAUGUUAAAUCUCUUUUUGUCCUUUUUCAACUCAUUCCAAAACCAGAUGUUGGGAAUAGUGGGAAAUACGGACACUAAAUCAAUUGUAAUCACUGGCCAUUCCAUUGGAGGAGCCACUGCUUCUCUGUGUACUCUUUGGCUUCUGUCCUACCUCCAAUCAAUCUCUUCCUCUGUGUCAGUAUUGUGCAUCACUUUUGGCUCUCCAUUGCUUGGGAACGAAUCCUUUUCCCAAGCCAUUUCCAAAGAAAGAUGGGGUGGCAACUUCUGCCAUGUGGUUUCAAAGCAUGACAUAAUGCCAAGGUUGCUCUUUGCCCCCAUUACCCCUCUCACUGCUCAGCUAAAUUUCCUGCUUCAGUUUUGGCACUUGUCCAUGACUUCAGCAGACUUUGGCAAGCUUGCAGUUCAAAUAUCCGACAAAGAGAAAGCUGAAUUGUUCAGGGCUGUAAUGGAUUACUUAGAAGCUGCAACACAAGAUGGAGAAGCCUCGGUGCCAAUUUUGUUUCACCCUUUUGGGAACUACUUUUUUGUUUCAGAAGAAGGAGCAGUAUGUGUGGAUAGUCCAGCCACGGUUAUAAAAAUGAUGCAUUUGAUGCUUGCAACAAGUUCUCCAGCUCGUAGUAUUGAAGACCAUCUAAAGUAUGGAUAUUAUGUUAAUAAAGUGUCUUUGCAAUUCUUGAAUCAGAAAAACUUCAAGCAAAGGAACAUUCCUGACUCAAGCUAUGAAGCAGGCCUUGAAUUGGCCAUCCAAUCAUCCGGGAUAGCAAACCAGGAAUCAGCUAUCGUAACAGCCAAGGAAUGUCUAAAGACAGCAAGGAGAAUGGGUCCUUCACCAAAUCUCAAUGCUGCUAGCUUAGCAGUUACCUUGUCUAAGGUUGUACCUUAUAGAGCCCAAAUAGAAUGGUACAAAAGUUGGUGUGAUGAGCAAGAUGAACAAAUGGGGUAUUACGAUUCAUUCAAAAGCAGGGGCUCUUCAAGAAGGGAAAUGAAAGUUAACAUCAAUAGUCACAAACUUGCCAGGUUUUGGAACAACGUGAUUGAAAUGUUGGAAAGAAAUGAGUUGCCUCACGAUUUUGACAAGCGAGCUAAGUGGGUUAAUGCUUCACAGUUUUAUAAACUAUUGGUUGAGCCACUAGAUAUUGCUGAAUAUUAUGGGAAGGGAAAGCAUAGAACAAAGGGUCAUUACAUACCACAUGGUAGAGAGAGAAGAUAUGAGGUUUUUGACAGGUGGUGGAAGGAUAGAAGGGUUACUACUGGUGAAGAAAACAAGGAGAGGAGCAAGUAUGCAAGUUUGACCCAAGAUUCAUGCUUUUGGGCUAGGGUGGAAGAAGCAAGGGACUGGUUGGAUAGUGUUGGAAGUGAGAGAGACACUAACAAGUUGGCUUUGUUGUGGGAUAAAAUUGAAAGAUUUGAGAACUAUGCCAUGAAACUAGUUGAAGAUAAGGAAGUGUCCAAUGAUGUUCUUGCCAAGAAUUCAAGUUACAGUAUAUGGGUGGAGAAUUUAAGAGAAUUAAGAAAACUAAAGGAAAAGGUGCAGAGGUUUCCUCAGCAGUUUACCCGUUUUUUAGAUGGGGAAGUAGUUCCUUAAUACGUAGUUUGGAAUCAAUAAUCUUAACCCAUUGUAAGCAUAAGAACUGCUCAUUUUGCAAAAUAGCUUUUUUUGCUUUUGAGUUAUGUCUUUUACAAUAACUCAAUUGUAAUUUGUGCGCAUCUAUCAUUUCUUUAAGAUAUUAUUACAUGGUAAGAUGCU